AGCUUUAUUUUUCCUUGUACAGUUACGCUUUGGAGAUGAAAAGAACCAUAAUAUAGUUGUGUCUGCGUUGUCUCUACUUCGGACGAGCGCAUUAUAGCGUUCCUUCUACUCAAACUCAUCUUUUCUGGCUUGUCUUCAUCUGCCAUACGACAACACUACAGCUCUGCAUCUCUUUGAAUCUGCACACCGUGUCGAAUUGCUAAUACCUGGAUCUUGUUCACACUGACCGUCUAGAACAAGUUUGCAGAGGGUAGAUUAUACACUUACUUACACAACUACAUUCAACCCUCCACAUGGUUUCAGACCAGCAGUCCCUGAUGCGCGAGGACCACUACCAGUAUGGCGGCAGCAUGUCGCUGAACCGCGACGGAGGUCCGGUGGUCGACAUCGAGCGUUUCAUUGAGGCGGAGCGAAAGUUCGUCGCUUUCCAGCAGGCCGGGGAUCACGAGAAGGCUGUGAAGGCUCUGGAGGCGGUCCUGCGGCAAAACAAGCAAUUCGUGCAGAACCUGGAGGAUACGCUGCUCAGUUCCCUGUUCGAAAAACUGGCCGUCGGCUACAACACGCUGGGCAUGAAAUUUCUGAAGCUCGGGAAGACGGACCUCAGCUUGCGCUACUUCCAAAAGUCCGAAGUGGUGACAGACCCCGCAAACUUGCACAUCCACACGAACACAAGGUACGUCUAUUCUGAUGCUAUGCUGCUUCAAGCGCUGGGCCCUUUUUCGAAUGAUAUUUCUAAGCUUACCUACCUCGCGGCCACCUUUUCUAACUCGGCAAAAUCAGAUUGGUCCUACGUGCGGUGACGUACAACAACCUUGGCUGCUUCUACAAAAGUAUGAACAAAUUGCACACCGCGCUGCACUACCUGCGAAAGGCCCUCGUCAUUGAAGAGCGCGGCUUGGCAGAGAGAAGACACAUGGAGGACGAAAAUGGUACAAACAUGGGAGUUCCACAUGCAUUUAUUUUUUCUUGUUUGGACGUCGCUAUUCGAAAACGAGAUUGGAUUCCGUUUUCCUAUUCCGUGUGCAUCUUGUCAAUCUUUGAUAUGACGGGGUAUUGCGGUAGACCUAGUGGUCCUCUGAUCCCCCGUAGGACGAAAACGAAACUAUACUUAACUACACACAAUCUGAAAUAAAUCGGGAAAUCGAAAUACCAGCAGAGGAUAACCCUGAUCCGGACGAGAGUGUAGCAGCUGCUCCCGCAACAUCCGGCUCUUCGUCUGGGGCACAGAACCCAGCGGCUACGCACCUGAACUUGUGCGCGCUGUUGUCGCAGAUGUCCAUGUAUCGAAUACAAAUAUCAUAUCUGGGUCUGGAAGAGUCAUGCUGUUUUUGCAUUUCACAGGAUGUCUGUCAUGGAAGCCCUAGCAUCACAGAUUUCGAGAAGCUUCCGCAUUGCUUAAUCCACAUGACAAGUCCCCCACUUUGGUGACAGGAAGUGGACAUCUUUUGCUGCCUGCUAUGCAUGAGAAAUUUGUAUCUGAGUCUGUGUUGUGAAAUGCGCAUCACAAGUUCGCAUCCUUCCAGACCCAGACAUGUUUGCAAUGCAUACCAUGCACGAGAAGGCGCUGUACCACGCGCAGAAGGCGAUUAAGUUCCUGCAGCAGGACGAGGCGCGGCGGAAGGAGUUGCUGCGGCGGCAGGAGGAGGACGGUCCCGCCGCCUCGGACCAACAAACCGAAGCCGCGGUGCAAGCCGCGGCCGCGACGCGGCAAGACGAGUCUCUCACCCCCGUGGCAUACUUCAACAUGGGAGCCGAAUACGAGCACUUGAAGUACUACACCGAGGCGCUGGAUUAUGACAAGAAAUCAAAGGUUUCGUCAGAGCACUGGUUCUUGUGCAAAUAAAUUCGCGAAUGGAUCAAGCAAUGUCGGCUCGAUGUGUAGUGCUUAUCUAUGCAUGACAGUAUCAGUACUGGAGAAGGAAAUUGAUAGCACCUGCGAUGUUGAUUAAGGUCAACUAGGAGAACUUUGACAGCAGGAGCUGCAUGUCAUUUCAGUUUCGUCAAGUUUUUUGUGAACUGUGCUGGUGAAAAUUUCGUUUCUUGCCGAUAAGAAAGCCUACGGCCAGGCGUACGAAGCCUGUCUGUCGGAGCUCGGUGCCGGACACGCCCUCACCUCGAAAAUCCUGGACAGCAUCAAACAGCUGAAAAAAAACCUGGGGCCUUCUAAAACCAAUGCGAAGGGGAAGAAAUGAGGGAAAAAUAAGUUUUCAACGACUCCAUUGCGAUAAACCAUAUUAACCAAACUUUACUGUUUCAGUUUCUAUGCCUGUGGCUCCUGUGCCGACAUGCUUCACAUUGCUUCUACUCGUGUUAACCACUCACCGUUUCAGUUUCUAGUCCUUAAAACUUGCUCGUCUUGCAUCUGAAGUGCUACCCACUUUCCCGCUCGGUAUCCCCUACAGCAAGUGGUAAGAAUCAGAAAAGCCUUCGUCUUGUAUUUGCGCCAGCAGGAGCAGCUGAUUGCGGUUGAACUUGAAAUACAGCUUCUACCAAAGCGAAUGAAGGGCUUCAAAAAGUGGAUUUUUGUUUGCCUAUUCGGUGACGCAGCGAACGCGAAGCCAGACAGCGCUUUUCCUUUGUUUUCGUCGUUGGUCGAAGAUACGAGGAGCGUUUCAAAAAGGUUAUGUUCGGAGUCAGGAG